AUGACAAAUGUCAAUGGUGCGGGUAUAGGGUCCAAACCUGGACCCAACACUACUGCUGCUGCUGGUGGAGUAGCUUAUAGACGUUCAAACAGUGGAAAGGCUUUUGGGAUAGGCUCUUCCCAACCUGCAGCUGGUAGUAAUGCAGCGGAUGUAGGAGGAGCAAGGGGUGGAGUGGGUGUCGGAGGGGUGCAGAGCGGUGUGAGGGAUGUGGGAGGAGUAAGAGGUGGAGAGGGGGGUGUAGGAGUUGCACGGGGUGGGGUGGGUGCAGGAGCGGUUAGGGAUGGUGCUGCUGGGUCAAAGGCUCCAGUCCCAGGGGUGCCAGGGCCUGCUGCUGGUUCAUUGAAUCUAGACUUGAAGAGUCGACGGGGAUCGCAGGAAGGGGGAGAAGGAAGGGUGGUUGGUGGAGUGAAGGAGAAGGAGAAGGAGAAGGAGAAAGGAGAGGGGUUUGUUGGGAGGAGAGAAGGCGAUAAGAGCAGGAGGGAUGGAGCGAGGGACGGAGGGAGGUGUGGGAGAGGAGAGGCGGGUGUGAGGAAAGGUGGAGAGAAUGAAAGGAGGGACAGUGAGAGAGAAAGGAGGGACGGCGACAGGGGGAGAAGAGAAGACGAGAGGAGGGGGCGCGAGGGAGAGAGGGACAAGAGGAGAGAUGCGCCAAGAGAGGCGAUUAAGAUCGUUGAUGUUAGGGAUAUAAUAGCGUCGUCCCUGCAGGGGCGAAAUGAGAGAGACACACGAAAGGAGCAGGUUGUGAGGGACAGACGUGACUGUGAUAUCAAUGACAGGGAUGGGAGACGGCGUGUUGAUGAGAGAGUGGGGGAGAGCUUGAGAGGAGGGAGAUAUGGUGAGGGAGAUAGAAGGAGACAUUUGUUCGGAGAACAAAUGCGGUUCGGAGAACAAACGCGAUUCGGAGAAAGCAGCAGAGCACACAACGAGGAGAGGAGCCCGGGUGGGGUUAAAGGUGUAUUUUCUUUGCAGGAGAGGAAUUUGGGAGGGCUUUCUGGCUUAUCUGGGCGGCAGUAUGAUUUGAGGAGGGGAGAAGAGCGGAGAGAGUGGAGGAUGGAGGAGGAGGAACGGUGGGAGCUUGGAGAUAGCAGGGUGGAGGGGAGGAGAGAGAAAGGAGGGAAAGAGAAAGGGAGCGAGGAGGGUGUGGGAGGAGAGAGGGUAAGGGAGGAGGUUGGGGGAAAAGAGAGUGGAGGAGAGGACGGUGGAGGAAAAGAAAUGAGAAAUGAGGAGGGUGGGGGAAGAGAGAGAGGAAGGGAGGAAGGCAGCAGGCUUAUGCAUGGCCGAGAUAGUGGAAAAUUGAGGGGACGUUCGUUGGAGGACGAGGAAAGGGGGCGUUCUUUGGAAGGAGAAGAGAGGGGAGGGGGUGGGGAUUGGGAGAGGAGGAGGGCUCGAGACGAGGGAGAGAGGGAAGAGAGAACAGCAGGUAGAACCUCCAGAGGCAGCGAGGGGGAAAGGAGGCCGUUUGCUUCAUUCCUAGAGGGGGACAAGAGGGGUUUCCAGUCACCUCAGGAGGCAGAAAGGCGGACUUUCCAGUCACCGCAAGAGGGGGAACGGAAGAGGUACCAGUCACCUGAAGAGGGGGAUAGGAGGCCGGGAAGGGCGUGGAAUCCCAGAGAGACAGGGGGAGGGGGGGUGUUUCAGAAAGGGCAAUGGGUGGGGCGGGGAGAGGGGAGGGGGGAUAGGGAGGCAGGGGUGGGAGGGGGGAGGGGGGAUAGGGAGGCAGGGGUGGGAGGGGGGAGGGGGGAUAGGGAGGCAGGGGUGGGAGGGGGGAGGGGGGAUAGGGAGGCAGGGGUGGGAGGGGGGAGGGGGGAUAGGGAGGAAGGGGUGGGAGGGGGGAGGGGGGAUAGGGAGGCAGGGGUGGGAGGAGGCUCAGGGGGCCAUUAUGCAGGGAGGGAGGACAGGUGGAGGAUGAGUGAAAUGGAGGAGUGGGGCUAUGGUGGUGUUAGUGGUGGUGGUGGUGGUGGUGGCGGUGGUAGAAGCAGGGGACUUGGACAGGGUAGGGGUGACGGGGGUCGUGAUGGGGGCGGCAGGUGGAUGGACAGGAGAGGGGGGCGGGGAGGGCGUGGGUGGGGAGAGCGCGGCGGAGGGAGGUUUGAGGGCUCUUCGAGUAUUGCUUUCCCUCAUAGCGCUAUGGCUCUGGGUGCUGCUCGUGGUAGUGCUGUGGGAAUUGGUCUUCAGGAUAGGGGCAUGGAUACUGGGACAGAGAGGGGAAGGACAGAGAGAGGAGGGGCAGAGAGGAGUGGAGAAGUGAAGGGAGGGGCGACUAGUAACUCAGCUAGUAAGAAUGAGCCGGCGUGGGAAGGCAGUUCGAUUGAAGGUACUACUGCCUUUCUAGAUGCUCCUCCUGGGUUCGGCCCUCCUGCUUUUAUUGCAGCUGCUUAUAAGAGGGCGUCAGGUGCAGAGGCCACACCACCGGAGGCAGGGGCAGGGAAGCUAGAAGGGGCAGCAGCAGCAGGUGUUGUGAGUGAACGUGGAGAAACAAUGUCGGGAGGAAAUACUUGUGCAGCAGAGGGAGGAGGAGCACACAUGGGAAUAGAGAUGCACGGAGGGACAUGUGGAGAGACGGGAGCAGGUAGGGGAGGAGCGAUGAGCGCAGGGGCGGGAGGAGAGGGGUAUGCAGUGGGGAUGGGUGCGGAGGAGUGCGAUGCGUGGUGCCUCUUGGAUGAGGCGCUGGGAGCAACAAGUGGGCCUUUCCCCUUCAGCCACGUUCAGCAGCAGUUUGCAGCAGGGUGA